AUGUCCUCUUCAAUCUCAGAACUACGAAACCAACCCAAAACCUGGACAAAGGGAGAAUACCUAAUCUCAACAGACACAUCCCUAAUCCCCAUCAAAACCCUAAACGCAUGGUACGCGAGCGAAGAAUUCUACUGGGCAAAGCCCAUGCCAGAGCCUGCGUUGCGCGAAACAUUACAGAACUCCCUCUGUUUCGGGUUGUACCACACUACAAACCAAAGCCAAAGCCAGCCAGACAAGACACCAGAGAACGAUACAUCGCCAGAAUCCACUCUUGAAUUUGUCUGCUUCGCACGCUGCGUAACAGACUACACAACAUUUCUCUUCUUGACAGACGUCUUUGUCCUUUCCUCACUCCAAGGCCUCGGUCUGGGAUCAUGGCUUGUGACCUGCGUGCAGGAGGUUAUUGAGACGAUGCCUUAUCUGCGGAGAUCACUGCUGCUUACUGGUGAUUGGAAGCGGUCGGUGCCGUUCUAUGAGAAGGUUAUGGAUAUGGAACUUAUGGUGUGUAAUCCUCCAGUCGAUGGGAAGGAUGCGGUAGGUUUUGCUGUAAUGCAGCGGAAAUCUUGGGGGGCUCCUGGGUUUGGGGAAAUGCCCUAG